ACAUUUUGUAAUCUAAUGAUAAAAUCGAAAUUAAGCCCAAAAUUUGGGGGCAAAAAUGUCUUUCUAUCCGGUCAAUUUUCACUACUCAAGAACUUCUCGGUCAAAAAUCGGAAUUUCCAUAGAUCAGCGUUGAAGGGGAUUGCAGACUCUGAUGAGAAAGGACGAAAGCUCCCUCGCAGUGCACGCAAAUCGGUGGAAGACAGCGAAAUCUUUGUCCGUGUCAUGGCGGAGAUCGUCGAGGAGUCCAAUUUCAAUCGGAAUAUCGGCGGAGGAGCCAAUUCGAGCAUCGGUAAUGGCAAUUCUCCACAAGACACGGUCGAGAUCAUUGUUCGAACUAUCGGCCCAGCGCGUCCCUCUCGCCUUCUCGCCCCUUCGCCGAUUAAGGUGCGCGACUUGCGGAAGCUGAUUGCGGAGAGUAGUCGAUUGCCGAUUGGGAAUUUGAAGCUUAUUUUACGAGGAAAAAUUUUGGAUGACUGUAAGAAUGAAGAUGAUGUUUAUGUGCGGCUCAAUCAUGGCGAUUCAUUGACUGUUGCUGUGAAACCAAAGGCCCCAGCAGAACAUCUUCGUGAUGAAUUUGAUGAAGAUGAGGAUGACCUGAAGUUUCGGCUUCCAGAAUCUUCAAAUUGGUUGAAGAAGAAAGUCUACACUUUUCUGCGUGAGAAGUUGAAGUUUCCUGAUAUCCUUUUGAUGGUGAUUUUCUCUCUCAGUCUGAAGGCUUGGGCUGCAAUACUCAUCUGGUUUAUCAUGGCACCUGUUGCCCAUAGCUGGGACCUUGGACCUAUAUAUAUACUUGGAACUGGUUUUUGCAUCAUUCUACUGAAUCUUGGACAUCGACAAUCUGGGGAAAUGAGGGUUGACCAAUCACACUCCACGAUACAAUGAUGUUAUGACAAUGAUGACUACGCUGCGUCUACCCCAAAUUGCACCUUUAUAGGCUAAAUUUCAAUAGCAGCUUGUGAGUCUUAGAGGUUGGCUUUCCAACUUUGACUUUUUCGAGUUUUUGUGUUGCUCUAAGAAUUGUUAGAUUCUAACUUAUUUCAGUUACAGUAAGCUAUUGACCAGAGUCACCUGAUUGUACGCUCUCAAGGGUGCGUAACAUUUGUGAUGGGCAAGACCACCUAAUUACUGAUUCAGUGGAAGGGAUGUGAGCUGAUGAUGUCACAUGGGAUCCAGCCAUCUCAUAGUAUCCAGCUAACCUCUCUCUUACCUUGAGGGUAAGGUUGCUUUCUUGAGGCACUGUGGGGUAUUGGUAGGCCCUGAUCCAACCGAUACACAAUUCAAGGCUAGGGAAAUGGAUGGGCUUAAAUGGUGAAAAUGAGAUUGAGCUGUGAUGUAGACUGAUUUGAGACUUGAGUUAGAUUAAAUCUAGAAGGUUGGUUAGGCCAUUAACAUGCAAACACGUAUAGUUAAGUAACUGGAUCGCAGAUUCUAGAAGCGAUUGAGCUCUAUUUAAUUCUCCAUAUCAUCUGGGUAAUUUUCGACUAGUUAUCAUUUACUUUUCCGCUUCGAGUCUAUUAAAAAUGUUGUUGGGAUGUCUCUAUAUGGAUUCAUUAAUCAUUCCCUUUAUGUAAAUUAUAGCUUGUAACAUAUUCUGUCUUAUUGAGUAACUUAUCAUGGUA